AUGAUUUCGAAUAUUUAUCCAUCGAACCGUAUUGUCUCUACGAAUCAAUGUUGUAUUUGCCAACAAGCUUUUCUAUUUGGUGCAUUAGUUCUUCGUUAUAGUGAUAUUGGCACUAGGACGUAUAUGUAUUAUCAUCCAACAUGUUUACAAUGCAUAAAAUGUCAGAGAAAAUUUUUGAAAGACGAUAAAAAUUUUUUUAAUAUGAUUUAUUAUUCUGGAAAAUUUCGUUUUGAUCAAGUUCUAUGCGAUCAAUGUAGAUUGAACAUUUUAACAAAACAUCCAUUAGAAGAAGAAACUUUCGUGAAAGAAAAAAGUAAUAAAACAAAUUCAUACAGAUCAUUUAAUAAAGCCGAUGUACACGAUUAUGGUCAAUUAUUAUUUGAACGUUUUACGCAUCGAUAUAAAGUUGACCAUCAAGAAAUUGAUUUAAAAACCGAUGAUGACAAUUAUCAUGGAUCCUGUUAUGGUCACGAUGUCAUUGAUAUCAGAAAACUGAAUGGUUGUAAAAAAUCUGAUUUAAAUACGUCUUUGACAUGUUGUCAAAAGGAUUGGAGUGGCAUUGAUAAUAUAAAUAUUAAACAAUGUGUCCGCUGUCACAAGACUUUUACUCGAUUUGAUAUUUAUCAAACAUUGAAUCAUACUAAACAUUAUUGUAAUAUAUGUUGGAUAUAUCAAAAAGAAUUCGUAAUUAAAAAUGAAAAACAAUCUUCAUUUAUUCGAUGCAAUUUAUGUGGACAACUUUUGUUAGAUCAACUUACAGAUGAUAUUAUUGCGAUGAACUUUGUUCAUCCAAAGUGUUUGGAGAAACAUUUAGAUGAAUAA